AUGUCCGAUGAGCAGAAGUCUACCGCGUCGCUGCAACUCUUGGCAGAGAACUCCAGAGCUGCUUUAGACGCGCUUGAGUCCAAGGAGACAUCUCUUCCCAAUGAAGGCUUUCCUUCUACCGAAUUUACAACUCUUCGGACGGAUUUCAUCUCCAUUCUGGCCCUAAUUCAUGCAGCUACUACGAAAGUAGCACUUUCCCUCAAGCCGUCAUCGCCUGAGUACAAAGCAUCCCUCUCACCUCUCAAAGAUCUCUCCAACAAUGCCGCUGCCCUGGUGCACUCAAUUCGCCUUAUGCGUCGUGAUCUUGCUCCGACCAUUCUCAAGGAAUACGAAUCCGUGGCGCGGAAUGUGGUUAGAGAAGUGCUCCAUUUCUCUGAAGUCUUGCUAUCGCCGCCGGCAACCUCGACUUCGAACGAAGACUAUCUCGUUGGAGCAGGAAAAGUACACGAACUCAUUGAUCUUGCACGGAGAUCAGGUGGGUUAUCGUUGAGUAAUCGUGAGGCUGUUCGGAAAAGAUGGCUGCAGGAUCGCGAUUCUUUGGUGGACGGUGAGGAGGAGAUCCAAGAGAUUUGGAAAUCUUCCGACUCGGACGAACCGGCAGACGACGACGAGCUCUUUGAUGACGGCUGGGAAGAACUCGGUAUUAGCUCCACACAGACACUUUCGCCAGUCGAAAAGGAUCGGGCGGGAAAAGUUCAUUCUCUUAUCAAAAUCGUGGUUCUCCUUCACAAACGGGUGCUGAAAGAUAUCCUCGGACAAGAUUUAAAUGCGCGGAACGAUCCUACUUUAGAUAACCUCGCAACACUUUCAGGUCAACUCCUGGAGGCAUCCGACGAUCUCAUUUCGUCCAUGUACGGUCCCCAGCAACCAUCGAAUAUUACCGCCUGCCUGGACGCAUACAAUGCAGUCUUAAAGGAUGUCCGGCAAACGUUGUUGCUACCCCGAGAAAGAAGUUUGGAGGACCAAGUGGCCGACUUGUCUCUUUCCCCACCGUCUGGCGAGAAAUCCGCCAAAUGGUUCACGACGUGCUUCGACCAAAUUGACAAAGCCACGGUGAAAAUCUCGGACACUUUGACAGAUGCAGAUGGUCAUGAAUCGUAA